GGUGCAGCCAGUGUCAUUAUCGGCUACCCUCUGGACACGGUCAAGACUCGCCUGCAGGCCGGCGUGGGCUAUGGGAACACCCUCAGCUGCAUCCGCAUGGUGUACAGGAAGGAGAGUGUGUUCGGCUUCUUCAAGGGCAUGUCCUUCCCCCUGGCCAGCAUCGCCGUGUACAACUCGGUGGUGUUUGGGGUCUUCAGUAACACGCAGAGGUUCCUCAGCCAGCUCCACAGCAGGGAGCCUGAGGCCAGCCCGCCCCACACCCUGUCAGAUCUGCUCCUGGCCAGCAUGGUGGCCGGCGUGGUGUCCGUCGGACUGGGCACACCUGUGGACCUCAUCAAGAUCCGCCUGCAGAUGCAAACACAGACAUUUCGGGAAACCAGCCUCAGUUUGAAGAACAGGGCAGUGGCUCUCGGGGAGCAGCCAGUCUACCAGGGGCCUGUGCAUUGCAUUGCAACCAUCGUGCGGACUGAGGGCCUGGCGGGGCUAUACCGGGGUGCCGGUGCCAUGCUGCUGAGGGACGUCCCGGGCUAUUGCCUCUACUUUGUCCCCUAUGUGUUCCUGACCAACUGGAUCACACCUGAGGCCUGUGCAGACCCCAGCCCCUAUGCUGUAUGGCUGGCAGGUGGCGUGGCAGGAGCAAUUUCUUGGGGGACAGCGACUCCUAUGGAUGUUGUGAAAAGUCGACUCCAGGCUGAUGGGGUUUAUUUAAACAAAUACAAAGGUGUCCUGGACUGUAUCUCCCAGAGUUACCAGAAGGACGGUCUUAAAGUGUUUUUCAGAGGCAUCACGGUGAAUGCUGUGCGGGGCUUCCCCAUGAGCGCAGCCAUGUUCCUGGGGUACGAGCUCUCGCUGCGGGCCAUCAGAGGGAACUACCCGGUGACCAGCCCCUGAGUGCCAGGACCAGGGCUGGUGUCAUGGACCAGGGCCUCAUUCCCUGCAGGGCGAGGCCUCUCCAGAACCUGCUCACCUCCGAACCCCUUCUU